AUGGACGGAGAAUCGGCAUACUCCAUGGAGGCCGAGCGCGAGAUGACUCGGCUCUGGCGCACUUUCAGAACAGUCUACGAAUUGCUUGCGGACCGGGGCUACGAGGUGUCCGACCACGAGCUGGCACUGCCACUUGACGAGUUCCGCGCAAAAUAUGCCGAUCCUCUGGGAUAUCCUGAGAGCUCGAAACGAGUCCACAUCGCUAACAAACUCUUCCGCAACAACAGUCGCACCAAGAUGAAAAUCCAAGCCCGCCCCACCGAGACCAUGAAGAUGAAAUACACACCAUUGCCCAGCAAGGCAAACCCGAACCCCCAGCCCGACUGUGGCACCAUCUAUGUCGACUUUUGCCCUGACGCCUCAGGUGUCGGAACCAAACAAAUCCGCGCCUUCAACCACCUUGUCGACGAGAACAACUUCCACACGGGUAUCUUCAUCACGCAAACACCUAUCUCGCCUUCCGCUGUCCGUCUUUUGUCUACUCUGCCAGGCCGAAUCUGUGAGCACUUCCAAGAACAGGAUCUGCUCGUCAACAUCACCCGUCAUGAGCUUGUCCCCAAGCACGUUCUGCUUAGCCCGGAGGAGAAGGGCAAGCUUCUCGAGCGCUACCGUUUGAAGGAGUCGCAGCUGCCGCGUAUUCAGAUUUCCGAUUCUGUUGCUCGCUACCUCGGUCUGCGCCGUGGCCAGGUUGUUAAGAUCAUCCGCAAGUCUGAGACUGCGGGUCGCUAUGCCAGUUACCGCUGGGUCAUCUAA